AUGGGGAAGGACCAGGAGCUAUUGGAAGCUGCUCGAACUGGAAAUGUGGCUCUGGUGGAGAAACUCCUGUCUGGGAGGAAAGGAGGGAUCCUAGGUAGUGGCUCCGGGGCUCUACCACUCUCCAGUCUGCUAAGCAUCUGGCGAGGCCCCAAUGUGAACUGCACAGACAGUUCGGGUUACACUGCUUUGCACCAUGCAGCUUUAAAUGGACAUAAAUUUCUGAACUUCUCAGCAACCCUCCACUCUUAUUAUGUAGACAUGGCCAAGAAUAAUGAAAACGAGACGGCGUUGCACUGCGCUGCUCAGUACGGCCACUCGGAAGUCGUCGCGGUCCUCUUGGAGGAGCUCACCGACCCGACCAUCCGCAAUAGCAAGCUGGAGACGCCCUUGGAUCUGGCGGCCCUUUACGGCCGGCUGCGGGUGGUGAAGAUGAUCAUCAGCGCCCACCCCAACCUCAUGAGCUGUAACACCCGCAAGCACACGCCCCUGCACCUCGCUGCCCGCAACGGGCAUAAGGCUGUGGUCCAGGUGCUGCUCGAGGCAGGGAUGGACGUGAGCUGUCAGACGGAAAAAGGAAGUGCACUCCAUGAAGCAGCCUUAUUUGGGAAGGUGGAUGUUGUCCGGCUUCUUUUAGAAACAGGGAUUGAUGCCAACAUAAAGGACAGCUUAGGCAGAACCGUCUUAGAUGUGCUGAAAGAGCACCCAUCGCAGAAAUCUCUCCAAAUCGCCGCACUCUUACAAGAAUAUUUGGAAGGUGGAGACAAAACUACCAUCCUGGAAGAGAACGAAUCAGAAUGUACCACACACCAGACGUGCAUCUCAUCGCCUGUUAAUUCACCGUCCCAAAAGACCAAAAGUGAAGCUGUGGCUGGAGAAUUAUCAAAGCUCUUGGAUGAAAUCAAACUCUGUCAAGAGAAGGAUUACUCUUUUGAAGAUUUGUGUCACACGAUCUCAGACCACUAUUUGGACAAUCUGAGCAAGAUUUCAGAGGAAGAAUUUGGGAAGAAUGGGAGCCAGGCGUUGAGGCCUUCAUCCACAAUAAAUCUGUCUCCAGGGGAGUUGGAAGAAGAUGAUGAUGAUCCAAACACUUGUGGUCCUUCAGGGCUGUGGGAGGCAUUAACUCCCUGUAACGGGUGCCGCAACCUGGGGUUCCCCAUGCUGAUGCAGGAGUCCUAUCCAAAGAAGAGAAAUUAUACGCUGGAAAUGGUUCCAUCAGCUUCCCUCGAUCCAUUUUCUGCUGAAAAUGAAAAUGGCCUAGGUGACCUCACAGACACAGCGGUCACAAAGAAGCCUUGCUCCUUAGAAAUAGCAAGGACGCCUUCCUCAAGGACAGAUAACGCAUCUCAGGUAGCAAUUACGGCUCCAGGAAGUGGUAACCAUAGAAACAGCUCAACAGGCCCCACACCUGAUUGUUCGCCUCCAUCUCCUGACACUGCCCUCAAAAAUAUUGUCAAAGUGAUACGACCUCAGCCUAAACAACGGACAUCAAUUGUGUCUUCCCUGGAUUUCCACCGUUUGAAUCAUAGCCAUAAUGAUUUGGAAGUGAACUCAUUCCCAGUGUGUAAAAGCUUUCCUGACAGCCCUCCAGUUACUCCACCUAACUGCUCCAUGGGGUCCCUGGAAGGCAGCAGCGAAGGUGCUGACCAGACAGAUGAUCACUGUCAACAGGAAGAGAAUGAUCCUCCAGAGGAACAUGAUCCUGGUCAAUUUGCUGGCCUGCUCCAUGGAUCUUCUCCAGCCUGUGAGUCCCCUGAUAACCCACUUCAUCUCUAUAGUAAAUCAAACAUGUGUGGAGAAGCACAAGAAGAAAUUACUUUACUGAAUAAUCCUCUCCGUUAUCAGCAACCUCCAUCUGGAAAUAACCCAGGAGCUCCAGUAAAGAAAUAUAAACCCAAAGUGGUUAGUAGGACCAUUUUUCACACAAAAAGCAAUCCCUUAGAAAAUCAUACCUUUGUUGGCACAAGAACAACAAGAAAUGGAACAAGAAAUGGGAAUGGGGACCAGUGGGGUGUUAGCACAGGAGGAUUCGUGGAGCGAGCAUGUACUCUGGGAAGAAUAAGGUCUUUGCCAAAGGCCCUUCUUGAUUUGCAUUUAUCCAAAAAUGUUUCCAAAUCUGAUUCUGAUCUCAUUGCCUACCCAUCCACUGAGAAAACUUCAAGGGUGAACUGGAGUGAAUCCUCAACAACUGAACCAAGUUCUAAAGGGAAUUCUGAGAGGACUCCUUCCUUCACUUCUGAAUGGGAAGAAAUUGAUAAAAUAAUGAGUUCCAUAGAUGCUGGAAUCAACAAUGAGCUUGAAGAGAUGAAUGAUGAAACUGCAAGACCCCGAUGCCCGGUCCAAACGGUGGGACAAUGGCUGGAGAACAUUGGGCUACCUCAGUACGAGAACCACUUGAUGGCCAAUGGAUUCGACAACGUGCAAUUUAUGGGAAGCAACGUGAUGGAGGAUCAGGAUUUGUUGGAAAUCGGUAUCCUUAAUUCUGGACACAGACAAAGAAUUCUGCAAGCAAUCCAGCUGCUUCCAAAGAUGAGGCCCAUUGGCCAUGAUGGCUACCAUCCCACCUCUGUGGCGGAGUGGCUGGACUCCAUUGAACUGGGAGACUACACCAAAUCUUUCCUCAUUAACGGCUACACAUCGAUGGACCUGCUGAAAAAAAUCUGGGAGGUGGAGCUAAUUAACGUUUUAAAAAUCAGUUUGAUUGGCCACAGAAAGCGUAUUUUGGCAUCCCUGGGAGACAGGCUACACGAGGAUCCUCCACAGAAACCCCCUCGUUCCAUCACCCUCAGGGAACCCAGUGGUAAUCACAGUCCUCCUCAGUUGUCUCCAUCACUUAGCCAAAGUACUUACACCACUGGGGGCUCCCUAGACGUUCCACACAUUAUCAUGCAGGGUGAUGCAAGGAGAAGAAGAAAUGAAAACUACUUUGAUGAUAUUCCCCGAUCAAAACUGGAGAGACAGAUGGCCCAGUCGUCUGUCUGUGAAAUAUGGACCAACCAGAAUGCAGGAUUUCCAUUCUCAGCGAUCCAUCAGGUUCAUAAUACAGGAGACUGGGGAGAGCCUUCCAUUACCUUGAGACCACCUAAUGAAGCCACAGCGUCAACACCGGUCCAGUACUGGCAGCAUCACCCAGAGAAACUCAUCUUCCAGUCGUGUGAUUAUAAAGCUUUUUAUUUAGGUUCUAUGCUGAUUAAAGAACUUCGAGGGACAGAAUCGACACAGGAUGCGUGUGCAAAAAUGAGGGCUAACUGUCAGAAAUCUACAGAGCAGAUGAAAAAAGUCCCAACAAUUAUUCUUUCAGUCUCUUAUAAAGGAGUCAAAUUUAUCGACGCAACAAAUAAGAACAUCAUUGCUGAGCACGAAAUCCGGAACAUCUCCUGUGCUGCUCAGGACCCCGAGGAUCUCUCCACAUUCGCAUAUAUCACAAAAGACUUGAAAUCAAAUCACCAUUACUGCCAUGUGUUCACAGCCUUUGACGUGAAUUUAGCCUACGAAAUUAUACUUACACUAGGACAGGCAUUUGAAGUGGCCUACCAGCUCGCGCUCCAAGCAAGAAAAGGAGGACAUUCCUCAACACUCCCAGAAAGCUUCGAAAACAAACCCGCCAAGCCUAUUCCCAAGCCGCGAGUUAGCAUUCGCAAGUCAGUGAUAGACCCUUCGGAACAAAAGACUCUCGCCAACCUACCCUGGAUUGUAGAACCGGGACAGGAAGCCAAAAGGGGAAUAAAUACCAAGUAUGAAACUACAAUUUUCUGA